GCUUGUAUCGAUCGGAACCUUUCUUAUCUUGGCCUCGUUGAGAUCCUUCAUGGCUAUUUCUUGGAUGGGGUGGUCCUCCUCACUGGGUGCGACAAGACCACUCCGGCAUGCCUGAUGGCUGCUGCCACAGUCAACAUCCCUGCUAUAUGUCUCAACGUCGGUCCAAUGCUAAAUGGUUAUGUGAAGGAUGAACUGGCUGGUUCGGGAAUGGUGGUCUGGAAAGGCAGAGAGAUGCAUGCUGCAGGACAGAUCACCACGGAGGAAUUUGUAGAUUACAUCUCCCGCGGUGCACCGUCAGCAGGACAUUGCAACACGAUGGGUACGGCAUCUACUAUGAAUGCGCUUGCAGAAGCCCUUGGCAUGGCCCUGCCUGGGUCAGCUGCCAUUCCAGCUCCCUACCGUGAACGAGCUCAAUGUGCCUAUGAGACCGGAUUACAGAUCGUAGAGAUGGUGCACUCUGAUCGCAAGCCAAGUGACAUCAUGACCAGAGAAGCUUUCGAGAAUGUCAUUGCUGCCAACACCGCGAUUGGAGGUAGUACGAAUGCUCCCAUUCAUAUCAACGCCGUCGCGAAGCAUAUUGGGGUGGAUCUUUCGCUAGAUGACUGGGACCGCAUCGGGUUCCACAUCCCGCUCUUGCUAAAUAUGCAGCCGGCGGGGGAGCUGCUAGGGGAGGAGUAUUACCGAGCCGGAGGGUUGCCGGCUAUUAUGGCGGAGCUGCUGGAUGCGGGCAAGUUGAAUGCAGAUGCUGUGACGUGCAAUGGCCACACUGUAGCACAAAACGUCCGUGGGAAACAUACCUGGAAUCGGCGGAUGAUCAGAGCUUAUGACGAUCCUCUUCUCAAGGAUGCUGGCUUCCUUCACUUGACCGGCACCCUGUUUGACUCGGCCAUUAUGAAAACAUGCGUCAUCUCUGAGCCGUUCAGGCAAAAAUUCUUAGAGAACCCCGCAGAUCCAAAUGCAUUCGAGGGGUCUGUGGUAGUUUUUGAUGGACCGGAGGAUUACCAUCGUCGGUUAGAGGACCCCUCCACCCCCAUCACUGACACAAGUAUCCUGGUGAUGCGCGGGGCUGGUCCACUGGGCUAUCCCGGUGCAGCUGAGGUGGUCAACAUGCACCCUCCGGGAAGGCUGCUGCGAGAGGGGGUCAAGUCGCUUCCAUGCAUUGGUGAUGGACGGCAGUCGGGAACUUCAGGAUCUCCAUCUAUCUUGAACGCUAGUCCUGAGGCAGCAGCGGGUGGUAACCUUGCAGUCCUUCGGGAUGGAGACCGGCUCCGAGUGGACCUUAACCAGCGGCGGGUAGACAUCCUUGUCUCUGCGGACGAAUUAAAGAAGCGAAAGCAGGAGCUCGAAGCAAGUGGGGGUUACAAUAUGCCGGAAAGCCAGACCCCAUGGCAGGAGUUAUUCCGCAAGGAAACGUCCCAGCUGAACGAAGGAAUGGUUCUCCGAGAGGCAGUCAAAUACCAACGGCUGGCGCAGCGAUACCCGGAGCCCAGGCACAAUCACUGAAUAAUGACUAUUUUGUUAUGGAUUAAUCUGAAUAAUGAAAAACCAUCACUUCUUUGACCCACCAGCCGCUUCAUGGGAUGGCGCGUGCGCGCAACAAAACACAGUUCAUCACGCAGGCUUGUUGCUUGAUGAUAUCAUGUUGUGGAAACAGCUCAAUACCCACUAUA